UUUUUAAUCAAAACAUUUUAAUUUAUUUAACGGACAAUUCAAGUUUUUAUUACUUAAAAAUGGGUGGACAUAAGAGGAAAUCUUCUGAUCGAGACAAAGAUUAUGAAAAAUUAAAAAAGCGACUGCGUGAAAUGGAAAAGAAGCUGGAAAAACGCGAACAGAGGAUAAACAACGACAAGGAGAAUGACAAUGGCGGUGCUCAGAAUGGAAAGUUAGAGACUCCAGGGAGCACUGUGAACGCCACACCGAAAAAUCCGGAGGAGAGAGAAACUCCAGUUAUAGAUUUAUCAAAUGAAAAUGAAACUGGGGAAACAUCACAAGAAACACAAUCAGCCAGUGGGGUUACAGAAACUUUAGACCUGGACCCAGAGAUCCUAAAAAUCAUCGGAGAAACUCCAGCGUCUGAGCCAGAAGGCUUAAAACUAUCAAGUCAUAUUUCUAAUCGCUGGAAAAUGUGGCUCAAAACGGGACAAACUAAAGAAACUAAAGAGCUUCUACUCAAAAAAUACCCCAGAAAUGGUGAAUGUUCUUUAGAGGCCCCGAAGUUAAACCCUGAAAUUGCUGCAUCACUAAAUGAUGGGUCUCUUAAGAGAGAUAAAUACUUCUCAAACACCCAAAACUUAGCUGGCUCUGCAUUAUCAGCAUUAAGUUUGGUCAUCGAUCCCUUACUCACAAAGAAACGAGAAAAAAUUGACAUAAAAAAGAUGUUAGAAAAUUUAUGGGAAUCUUCACAAAUUUUAAUUGAGUUGUACCGAGGACAGACUAUAGCCAGAAAAGCUUGUAUUCUGCCUAGUCUAAACAAACAAACGGCUGCACUAUUGGGGAAGACUGAGACUGAGCCCGUCUGUUCCACGAUACCAAGCUCAGGCGGGCACAAAACCAAAACCAUCCAAGCCGAGUUGCAAUCAGAAAUAUUCCAGCCAAUCGAAAGGUCCACAGAGUCACCACCGGGGUCAGAACAGCAAGAAUCGGAGCCGAUAUUAAUCAACGAAUCUCAGCGACCAACGGUCCCAUCCCAUGGCGGCGACACUUACCCUGGCGGCCGUCAGAUUAUCAGGGAAGCGUUCUCAAGAAAAAAUCUACCAGAAUCAUCAUUAGAAAUUCUGACAGCGUCUCUAGCAGAGUCUACUAUUAAACAAUACAAUAGUGCGUUAAAGGACUGGUGGAUGUUUUCAGUAGCAAAAGAACGGGACCCAUUUGUCGUUGACGCAAGUUCAGUACUAGAUUUUUUAUCACAGAAAUUCAAGGAUGGCGCAGCUUACGGGACCCUCAACACUACAAGAUCGGCUAUAUCUCUAAUAUCAGCAGUGGACAUUACUACUGAUCCUAAUAUUGCUCGGUUUUUCAAAGGAAUUUUCAAAUUGAGACCUAUCAAGCCCAAAUAUGACUCAACAUGGGAUACUGAGCCAGUAUUAACAAGAGCUGCAAACUUAUUCCCAUUAAAUAAACUGUCGUUACGCCAACUAACAGAGAAACUAGUUAUUUUAUUGGCUCUGGGAACUGCACAUAGAGUUCAAACCCUGUCAUUGAUUGCAAUCGAAAAUAUUUCUCGCUAUAAAAACAACGUGCAAAUUAAGAUCCCGGAUAUUAUCAAGACAUCACGGCCUGGAGCUUCACAACCCCUGUUAGUUUUACCUUUAUUCACUGAUAAGCCAGAGCUUUGUGUUGCAAAUACUUUACUGGAGUAUAUAAAAAAGACAGAGGAGUUACGAGUAAAUGAAAAACGUUUGUUGAUUUCUUUUCGCAAACCACACAAAGCGGUUUCAUCGCAAACGCUUAGUCGAUGGAUCAAAAAGUUUCUCAGCGAGUGUGGAGUAGACGAAAAAUUUACUGCCCAUAGCACUCGACAUGCAUCGACUUCAAAAGCAGCAGAGGCAGGAGUAAGCCUAGAUCUGAUAAGAAAGACAGCUGGUUGGUCAGAGAAAUCACAAGUCUUUGCAAAAUUUUAUAAUAGACCAAUAAACAGUCAAAAUAAUAAUAAUUUUGCUGAGGUGGUUCUGCUUAAUCGCACUAAAGAUAAGUAA